UCAUUACUGGUUGCUGUCCGUCGAUUAGGGCAAAUGGAUGAAACAACCUCUGAAGUAUCUUUGAUGUUGCAAGAUCAGCAGCAGCCGACCAAUACUAUCACCACCACCACGGCCGCUCCGCAGCUUCAUCGUAGACCUCGGGUGAGGGAGGUCAGUUCUAGGUUCAUGUCUCCAGUCGUUUCUUCUUCAUCUUCUGGUGAUCUUCACCUCCCGGCUUCCAAAUGUUUCAAUCCCAAGCACGCCAUGUCAUCCUCCGUGGAAUUUCAGCCCAGGCAGAAUCAGCAGCGCUCUCAAUCUGUGCAAAGGCGGCACGGUGAACUGGAACCGUUGUGCUGUGCGGACGAGAACAGACUGGAUACAGCGCGGAGCAUGGAAAUUCCUCCUGGAUCUCAGAAUAAAGCAGUCACACUGCAGCGGAAGCAGCGACCAGUAAAGCUCUUUAAGGAGAAUGGAGGCGACGCAGAGCAUCAUACGCAAUAUCCCGACGCAAGCCACCCGAAAACCUUCAACAACAGCAGAUUCUUGGGAAGAAAUGGUAGUCUUGUCCGUUCGAGGCCAGACACACCGAUGGUGCGUAAUGUUGACAGGACAACGCCUAUAUCAGUUUCGUCGAAUCAAAGUUUUCAGCGGUCCACCAACAACAUUGGCGUCAGCUCUGUGGCAACCACAGCUGCCGCAAAGCUUGUCCAGUCGAGUAUUGGGAAUAAGCCCACCCCCGCGGUCUCAUCCGAGGUUGCACCUUCUGUUGCUGUGAGAUCUUCUACCUUGCAAGAAGAUGAUCAACAUUUUGAAACCCUUUCAGAAAAAUCAACAUCUAGCGAUUACUCUGGAUCCGAAACAUGCAGUAUUUCUCAUCAAGGUGGCACAUUUAUUAGUCCUACAAAUCCAUUGCAGAACUGCAAGACACGGUCAAUUCCAGAUUUCCGUUCUUCCAUGCCAGAGGCGGAUUUGUUGCCUACUAUGUCCACCAGACUGGUGAAUGGCCUUGGCGACUGUUCCAAAACCUCUGCUUCCCCUUUCCACCGUUCUUUGAUUUCGACACUGCCAAGUUGCGUAAACUCCUUAUUUAGUCCGGCCAGGCCUAUCUACAAGUCAGCAUCUCUUGUUGCCUUGAAGCCUAAUCCGAUUUCUACGAAGACAAGUAUUUUCCUUCCACCACACCCAUCAAACACGAAAUUGGGACCAGAGGCAAGAAAGGGAAGGAAGGUUUCGAGUAAUCAAGAAGACGUCCACGCCCUACGUCUGCUUCAUAACCAUUAUCUGCAAUGGAGAUAUGUGAACGCAAAAGCUGAAGCCGUGAUGCAAUCUCAUAGGACUGCAGCUGAGAGGUCACUUUAUGGUCUUUGGUGCAAUAUAUCUCAGUUGCAUGAUUCUGUGAAAAGGAAAGGCAUGGAACUUGGACAGCUGAAAAAGAAAAUAACAUUAUCUGCUAUUCUUGAAGCUCAGAUGCCAUAUUUGGAAGAAUGGUCAGCAAUCGAAGAGAAUUAUUCAACUUCACUAUCAGGAGCUAUUAAAGCUUUGCAGGAUACCCUGCUUCGACUUCCAAUCAAUGGAAACGUGAGGGUUGACUUCAGAGAGGUAGAGGAAGCUUUAAAUUCAGCAUCAAAUGUGAUGGGAAUAAUAUCAUUCCAUCUUAGAAACUUUUUACCAAAGACCGAGAGACUGGUUACUCUGAUUUCAGAAUUAGCUGAGGUGGCCAGCAGAGAAAGGGCUCUGGUUGAAGAAUGUGGAGAUCUAUUAACAAAAACACAUAUGUUACAGGUGGAAGAGUCCAGUUUAAGGGGUCAACUAAUCCAAGUGAGCCGGAGCACUGCUGGUCAAUCAAGGGAAGAAUAAGAUUGAAGUCUUUCUGCGAUUCCUUGCAGCUCAAGUUCUAUUUUAGCCAAGCUGCUUAUGUUUGCAGUAGAGAACAUCAAACGCUCGGGUUCAGGGCUCAAGUGCCUUUUUCUGAAGAGUUAUCUCCCAGCUUUGAAGUAUUCUUCCUUGUAUAAUAAUCUGGAGCAUGUUUAUAUUUUCUGC